AUGACAGCUGGCGGCAGAGGGAGGGUCAACAUAAUGAUGGAGGCACCGGAAAGAAGCCUCAGCUUCAACUUUUCAUCUGAGGAGCUGGACUCCUCUGUCCUCUCCUCCACCAUGUCCAUCGACAGGCUCUUCCCGGCUCUCCUGGAGUGCUUUGGGAUAAUUUUGUGCGGAUACAUCGCAGGGAGGGCAAACAUUAUCACCUCCACCCAGGCCAAAGGAUUGGGGAGUUUUGUUUCCAAGUUUGCUCUCCCAGCACUGCUGUUCAAGAACAUGGUGCUGCUGGACUUUGGUAAUGUCAUCUGGCCAUUUCUCUGGAGCAUCCUCAUCGCCAAAGUGUGCGUGUUCUUCCUCGUCUGCAUCCUCACAUUGAUAGUAGCCAGCCCCGUCAGUCGCUACAUUGAAGCCCUGUACCAGAGUACAUAUCCAGAGUACCUCCAGUAUAUCUACCUGGUGGCCCCUGUGUCCCUGAUGUUUCUAAAUCCCAUCGGCUUUGCCCUCUUGCCUGUAGAUGACAGAGAGAUCCAGAAGUGGAAGGAUCAGGGGAACCAUCAACAGAGCAAAGUAGUGAUUGUGGGAGUUGUAGUUUUACAGGUCAUAAAGAACCCCAUAGUAUUUAUGGUUGUAAUCGGCAUCAUCGCCCACUUUGUGCUGCACCAAACCGUUCCCGUCUUCAUGGCUCAGUUUGUGGAUGGCUUGGCUAACUCUUUUGGGGGAGCAGCUCUGUUCUACCUGGGCCUGUCCAUGGUGGGCCAGUUGGGGAAAUUAACCAAAUCUACCGUGGUGACACUGAUAUUACUUACUACAGCAAAACUGUUACUAAUGCCCCUGAUUUGUAAGGACAUGGUGGAUCUGUUGGACAAACGCAACACCAGCGAUUUGAACCACUCCAGCCUCUCUGAUUACGCCUUUCUCUAUGGAGUGUUUCCCACUGCACUGAGUGUGGCCAUCUAUGCCGUUUAUUAUAACGCAGAGCUAGAAGUUGUAACUGCUGGGAUGGUGAUCAGCACUUUCCUCUCAGCUCCAAUAAUGUAUGUUUCUGCCUGGUUACUCACGAUCCGUUGGAUGGAUCCUCAGCGUUUAAUGAAUUCACUGCAGAACGUCAGUUUCAACAUGAGCAUCUUUAUUCUGACUUGCAUUGGGAUGAUCUUGUGGAACUUUGUAGUGAAGGAAAGUAACUUCAUUGGUCAGGUCCUGACUUUCACCUUAUUAUGUACCUCACUCUACAGCACUUUUAUAUGGCCAGGUCAGUGUGAGAGCAGGUGCGAGUCCACAGACUGCCUCCUUGUCCAAGUGGAGGAGCUCCAACAGGUUGCAGACAGACAAGUGGCCCGUCAUGUGCUCAUGUGUCUGCUUCUGACUGUCAGCCUGCUUGCUAAUUUGUCCAGCUGCGUGUGGCUGCUCUUUAACCACAAUCCUGGUAGACUCUACUUGGAGCUGCUGUUCUUUUGUGCUGUGGUCAACUAUGGACAGGGGCUUCUCUCCUUUGCUCUUUUUGGGCUGGACAAACAUUUGAUUUUACUGCCAUUUAAGAAGAGAUUAUACAGUCUGUGGUAUGGAAGACAAGAAGAGCGGCCACAGAGUGAUUUACCUGAGGAGAUCAGGAUGACCUGCACCCAGUUCACCAAAUACCACAAGCAGCAGUGUUUUCAUGACAUCAUUAAAAAGAAAAGGUGUGGAAAGAAGACUAUGGUGGACUGUUUUCUUGGCUGUGAACUUGUUGAGUGGCUUCUGCAGGUUGGUUUAGCUCAGGACCGUGGCGAGGCAGUACUCUACGGGACGCGAUUACAACAGGGUGGCGUGCUCCAGCACAUCAAGCAGGAAUACAGCUUCCAAGAUAGUCCGCUAUACUAUCGCUUCAUGGCAUAAGAUGCUUGUGUCACAGAAAAAGGUUUCUUUUAGCCUAAAAGAAAAUCAAAUCAGUUCGAACAGGAAAUUCCUGUACAGCAAGAGACUCAAUGUACUGUUAUUAAAUUCACCAUCAUGGCACAGUGAUAGAAACGAGGAAAAAUGUUCAAAGUGCUGCACACUCUCAUUCAAAAAUGUUUGUUGUCUUUACAUCCAACAUUUCAAGUUUAUUUCUGAGACACUGAGUCAUGGCUAUAAUGCUAAAACUUGAACACGAGCCAUAAAUAAAUUCUUUUAAUUUAAAUCCCAAAAAGUUAAUUCUCAUCAUCAAAAAACUGACCUCACAG